AUGGAUUGUUGCAUGUUCAAUCAUUGGGGUUCUGUUUGGAUUUUCUACCGGUCAUUGUUUACGUGUCAGAUUACAGGGGAGUCUCCCCAACAUAUAACUAUUAGAGUACAAUCUCAUCUUUUCCAAGACUCCAUUAUUUUGUCUUGUAUACACGCGAAGUGUACGCAGCAGGACAGAGAGGAUUUGUGGAAUGCACUUUUGCAGGAUAAACCCGCCUUCAAUCCUUGGUUUUUGGUGGGGGAUUUCAAUGUGGUCACAAAUACAGAGGAGAAGAGGGGUGGAUUGCCAUUUAGACCGUCGGAGGGAUCAGACUUUCUGAAUUUUAUGGCGCUAGCUGGUGUCAGUGAUGCGGGAUUCUCUGGGUCAAGGUUUACAUGGUGUAAUAAUCGUUCGGGAACGGCGCGGAUCUGGAAGCGUCUGGAUCGCUUACUUCUGUGUGGGAGUGCAAUGGAGCUACCGUACCAAUUCAUGGUGCAACAUUUAGGCCGUGACCCGUCGGAUCAUGCUCCCUUGUUGCUAUCGGUGGAUACGAGGCUAGACAAUAAACCCAAGCCGUUUCGUUUCUUAAACAUCUGGACCACUCAUCCUGAUUUUCUGGGGGUUAUCAAGGACUGUUGGGUUCAUCCAGUCAAUGGCUCUCCUUUGCAAGUAUUGGCAUCGAAGUUGAGGAAUGUUAAAAAUGCCCUCAAGCAGUGGUCUAGGACGACAUUCGGGGAUAUUUUUGAAGGGGUACGUAGUGCAGAGCGUGUGGUAACCGAGUCUGAGACAGCAUACGACCUCGAUCCUACUGAGCAGCGACGGAGCGAGUUACAUCAUGCUCGGGCUCGAUUGCGCCGAGCGCUUGUAGUUGAGGAGGGUUUUUGGAGACAAAAGGCGCGGGUUAAGUGGCUUUCGGACGGAGAUAGGAACACCAAAUAUUUCCACUCCUUGGUUUCGGAAAGGAGACGUAGGGCAGUAAUUCAUCGAGUCAGGGGUACUGCUGGAGAAUGGAUCGAGGGGGAAUGCCAAAUUGGGGAGGCAGCGGUGGGUUUCUUUAAGGAACUUUUCACGGCAGAGGGGGAUCUUCCCUCCCUUACCGGUCUGGAGAUCAUACCUAAACUGAUAACAGACCAGGAAAACUCACGGUUAACGGACAUUCCAUCUCUUACAGAAGUUAAAGACAUAGUCUUUGCUAUGGAUGGAGAGAGCGCAGCCGGCCCGGACGGGUUUACAGGGAAAUUCUUUACCUUUGCUUGGGAGGUAGUGGCAUCGGAUUUAUACCGGGCGGUUGUCAGCUUUUUCUGCGGUGCUGAACUACCUAGGAGUAUCACGGCUACCUCAAUUGUGUUGCUGCCAAAAGUGGAGAACCCCCAAGAUUUUAAGCAUUUUCGUCCAAUCAGUCUGUGCAACUUUACUAACAAAAUCAUCUCCAAGCUGUUAUCGGCAAGGUUGGCGAUGAUAUUACCCCGGAUUAUAUCUCCACAGCAAAGCGGGUUUGUCCAAGGGAGGCAGAUUACAGAUAAUUUCUUGUUAGCUCAGGAGUUAGUAGCCGAUAUCGGGAAAUCAAAUCGGGGUGGCAAUGUGGUCAUCAAGUUAGACAUGAUGAAGGCUUAUGAUAAAGUCUCAUGGCCCUUUCUCCUACAGGUGCUACGAUAUUUCGGAUUCAGUGAGACCUGGAUAGACAUGAUUUGGCGAUUAAUAUCGAAUGUGUGGUUCUCGGUACUUGUUAAUGGUGGUUCAAACGGCUUUUUCAGAUCUUCACGGGGUUUACGGCAAGGGGAUCCAAUUUCACCAGCCUUAUUCGUUAUCGGAGCUGAGGUGCUGUCUAGAACCCUCAACACGCUACCCACACAAAGAGGAUUUACUCCGUUCAAAGUUCCUCCUCAUUGUUCUAUAAUUACGCAUUUGGCAUUCGCCGAUGACGUGAUUAUCUUUUCCAGUGGGGCCAAGUCAUCCCUACGUCUGAUUACACGGGUUUUGGAUGAUUAUAAUGAGGCAUCAGGUCAGCGAAUCAACCCUCAGAAGAGUUGUUUCCUUACUCAUCCACGGGCACCAUCUCAGAGGGCAGCGGUUGUUAACCAGAUACUAGGGUAUAAUAAACGCGACUUUCCAAUACGGUACCUUGGUUGUCCCUUGUAUACCGGAAGGAGCAAGAAGGUUUACUAUACGGAUAUAUACAAUGCGGUGGCGAAUCGGAUUUUGAGUUGGAAAAACCAGAUUUUAUCGCUAGGAGGCAGGGUGGUGUUGAUUCAGAGCGUGUUAUCCUCUAUGCCAAUUCACUUGCUGGCAGCCGCGUCCCCUCCAAAAGGGAUGUUGAUGGUCAUAGAGAAAUUGUUCGCCAAGUUCUUGUGGGGAUCUUCGAAUUUCGGGGAUAAAUUCCAUUGGAUACGUUGGGCAGAUUUGUGUCGGCCGAAGGAUGAAGGGGGUGUAGGCCUGCGGGGUUUGAAACAGGUCUACGACUCAUUUUCCAUUAAACUCUGGUGGAAAUUUCGACAACAACAAUCAUUAUGGGCAAAGUUUAUGUCCCAGAAGUAUUGUGCAGGUCAUCACCCUUGUCUUGCUGAUAUUGGGCAUCCGGGAUCCCAAGUUUGGCAGAGGAUGGUCACAAUGCAGCGUUUUGGGGAGGAUAAUAUUAGCUGGGUAGUUCGGGAGGGGGCUUUGGACUUUUGGCAUGAUAAUUGGAUGGGGUCAGGUGCGCUUUGUGACAAGGUUGAGGUCUUCCAUGAUCAUUCGGUGGUUGAUUUUGUAGAUCGGCGGGCUUGGAAUGUGGACAUGCUCCAUCAAUUCUUGGAUGGAGAAUUGGUUACGCAGGUUUUGGAGAUUGACCCUCCUACCGAUAGGGGAAAUGAUACAAUGGUAUGGGCAUUGACGAACUCGGGUGUUUUUUCCACUGCAUCGGCUUACUCAUUGAUCCGUCAAUCCAAUGACAAUUCUUGGCUUUUUGGUCGUAUAUGGCAGCAGGGUCUUCCAGUCAAGGUUUCUUUCUUUAUGCUGCGACUACUACAGGGGAGGCUCCCUCUUAUGGAUCGCCUAAAGAGGUUUGGGGUUUGUGGCCCAUCUAGAUGCUUGUGUUGUCAGAAUCCCCAGGAGGAGGAUUUGAAUCAUGUGUUUUGCUCAGGAGAAGGGGCACGAUUGGUCUGGCGACACUUCGAGAGUACUGCUGGUGAGUUUAGUGGGGUGCAUACGGUGCGUCAUAUGGUGUGGUCUUGUUGGUUAAGGAGGGGGACUAAUGAUCGUGUAAAGUUUUUGCAUAAUAUACUUCCUUCGGUGGUAUGCUGGGUUUUAUGGAAGGCUAGGAAUGAAGGGGUGUUUGAAGGUCGGAAGAUGAGGAUCAGGCCUACGGUGAAUCGGAUUGUUCAGUUUCUGCAUGAUUUCCUUCAGUCACGGUUCCCGGGGGUGCAGCCUUCUGCCCCUACAUGGGAAGGGUUGCUUCUCGAAUUAGGUAGUCAUCAAAGGCGGAUGGUUAUUAGGCCAGUUUACUGGGUAACUCCACGUAGAGGCUAUAAGUUGAAUUCAGAUGGAUGUUCUCGGGGGAACCCAGGAAGGAGUGGGGGGGGUGGGCUUGUGCGGGAUAGUCGAGGAAAUUUUGUAUUCGGCUACGCGGAGCCCUUCGGGGUGAUAACCAGCAUGCAGGCGGAACUUCGAGCGUUGCUAUGGGGCGUUAGACAUUGUGUGAUUCGAGGGUGCUUGGAGUUACACUUAGAGGCGGAUUCUCUCACCCUGGUUCACAUUGUUCAAGGGACUAGUGCUUGUCCUUGGCGUUUACAGAGAGAUCUGGAUGAGUUGAUGAUGUUCAAGCAAUAUUUCACAUCGAUCACACACUGCUACAGGGAAGCAAACGCACCUGCAGAUCGUUUGGCAAAUUUUGGUGCUGAUUCUAGUACAGGUCAUGUGUUUAAUACAUUCUCAGAAUUGCCGCAAUUGGUUAGGGGGGCUAUUAGAUUAGAUCGAUUAGGAUUUCCUACGUUUCGUACACGGUGUCUGGCAUGA